CAAUGUCUUGGCUCACCCCAGAACCGAGGCUUCCUGCGCUGCACAUGGAUGGAGGUAAUUCCACGGCAAUAAUCCCGUCAAUGCACGACAUCCUCCUGGACCCGCGUCCUGGGAAGCUGACCUUCCACUCGUCAUCUCUGGAAUUGCUCGACGGCAAAGCAUCGAAGGCAGCCACAACAGCAACCCGUGUUUCCGUCGUUUAUAGCUGCCACGGAUUGGGAAUACGCGACAGGACGCGCAUCCGAUUAUCGACGACCUUGGACCUUUUAGGAGCUUAUUGGGCCAAGCUCGCAUCCCUUCCGCGCCGUUAAUAAAGGGGUCCGAUAGCCGACCCGAAUCGACCGACAGUCGCGACUUCACCAAUUGCCGCAACAACAUCCGUACGCAAACACAACACAGCCCAAAAUGGCUUCGAGGGCGGGGGCGCCUGGAUCAAGCGCUUCUUCGUCCGUGACAGCGCGAUCCACGACGGACCCCAUCCUUCGCAACGCGCUCCGCUACACCAUCUCGGCGCGCGAAUAUGCGACCCUCCACAAAUACGUCAUCUCGCGAUCACGAGCCCUGAAAAAGCACGCGCCGACAGUGGGCACGGUGCAGAGGAUUAUCGGGAGUAGUCGCGGGCCCACCCAGCCGGCGGGCAAGGGAGGCAAUGGGAAAGGGAAAGGGACAGAGAGGGAUGGGGAGGACGACAGGACACGCGGUGGCGACGAGUACAAUGCGCGCGCGGUCCGACACUCGAUUCGCGUGUUUGUCGCGACAGGCGCGCUGAUGAAACUCUGGGAGGUGGUGUCGGCGAGGGUGUUGGGGAAGAAAGACACCGCAUCUGCAACUACCAAGAAGCAGCCGCUGCACAAGUCACCAACCCUCCGCCUCUCCCUCUCUCUCAGCACCAUCCUGCUGAUGUACCGCAUCCUCUUCCGCUUCUUCAGUCGCAUGCGCGCCCAUAUCCUCGACCCCUCGGCCGCCCCCUUCCGGCUGCGCAAUCCCAAAACGGCCAGCACGUUAGCCUCUCCCUACGCUCCCGCCGUGGGUGCCUCGCUCGCCGGUUUGGCGUUGGGUGUGUACCCUAACCGGCAACUUCGCAUGACCGUUGCCCUGUACACCAUCUUCCGGGCUCUCGAGUUUGGGUGGAAUUGCGCCGAGGACAACGGCAUGUUGUGGGGAUGGGAGAAGGGGGUGAACGGCAAGCCGGAUAAGCUAAGGCCACGGCCGUGGUGGUGGGGCAGCUGGAUGCUGCAGCCAUUUGCGUUUGGCCAGCUCCUGCAUGCGCUGGUGUUCGACAGGGACUGCUUCCCAUCGUUCUGGGGCAACUUCAUCUUCAAGAACUCGACUGCCUACCUCCGCCCCAAGCCGGAGGACUACCCCGUCGGUCUGAAGUGGCCUCAAGCCGGCGAAAUUGCCGAUAGUCUCGCCCAAAUGGCUCGGCUGAACUGGCCCGCCUUCGUCUCCCCCACCCUCUUCCCCGUCAAAGAGGACGUGCUCCCUCCCUCGCUCGCCGCCAUCGCGCCCAUCACGUCAGGCGCCCACCCGCUGAUCACCUCGCUCUCCUGCGCCACCCUGCACCCGUCCGACCCGUCCUGCACGCGCACCUACCUCCACUUCUGGCUGCGCUCCUUCCCGCCCCUCACCCGCCUCCUCGUGCUCGUCUACUCGGCCCUGCUCCUCCCGCGCGCCUCCCAGCUCUACCACUUCCCCUUGUCCACCCUGCGCCGCCUCCUCUCCAGCGCCCUGCGCACCGCGGGGUUUUUGACGGGCUCCCUCGCCACCGCCUGGUCCUCGGUCUGCUUCUUCCAGGCCUGGCUGCCGCGCGCCCUGCUGCCGACGCAGCGGUUCUUCCUCGGCGGGUUUGUCGCGGGGUUCUGGGCGCUGCUGCACCAGGGGGGUCCUGGGGGCGCCGGGCCGGCCGGGCGCCGGUCGGUGUUCCUGGGGAGUGCGAAGGCGAGCGUCGAGAGUCUGUGGAAGGUGGGCGUGAAGCGGCGCUGGUGGCGCGCCAUGCGCGGUGGGGAUGUGUGGGUGUUUGUGGCGGCGCUGAUGUUGACUGGGGUGGUGUAUGAGCGGGAUGCGAAGGCGGUUAGGGAGGGCGCGUGGCGGAAGGGGAUUAGCUGGGUCAGGGGGGAGGGGUGGAAGGAUUGGGGGGUGGAGGAGGAGGAUGAGGAGGGGGAGGGGGUUGAUGCGGAUGGGGAGGGGGUUGGUGGGGGGGUGAAAGAAGAGUAA